UCUAAGAAUGUCACAGAAACUCUUAAAAGAAGAAUUUAUAAGUAACCUGAACGGGACGACCUUGCUUGAGAUUUCCAUUGGUUUAACCCUAGCACCAUUAUGUCUGCUAUCCAGAGGACUGCUGUUGAUCUUGUAUUUUCUUCACCAUGGAAGACCUUUGAGCUCAAAGAGCACCCAUUUUUUCCUGGACUUCACUGUUUUAGUGGUCCCUCCCGUGUUCUGCUGUACAGUUCUGGCUCCCAUCCUCCCCUGGGUGAUACUUUCCAUUACGGCAUUCUGCACAGGCUUAGUUUAUAAAAUAUACUGUAGAAGAAUGACUUAUGUCAAAGUGCCAUUUCAGAAAAUCCUGAGUGAUUUUCUGAGCACAAGUUUAGAACCGGAGUACAUUCCUCCCAUAACAGUCUUCCGUGUGUACGUCAAUGUGUUAACAUCCAUCAGCAUUCUGGCCGUGGAUUUCCCACAGUAUCCACGCCGAUAUGCCAAAACAGAGACCUACGGAACAGGAGUUAUGGAUUUUGGAGUUGGAUCUUUUGUUUUUGGAAAUGCCGUGGUUUGUCCUGAAGUGCGGAUGAAACCGGGCGCAGUGCAAAGCAAGUUUUUCUACCUCAUGAGGCAAUUCUUUGCUGUGUGGCCUCUGCUCGUCCUUGGCUUUGGACGACUGAUGAGUGUUAAGGUGGUAGAGUACCAUGAACACGUAUCGGAAUACGGUGCACACUGGAACUUCUUCUUCACAUUAGCCAUUGUGCGAAUGGCAGCAUCUUUGCUUUUGACUUUAUUUCCUGUGCGCAAAGCAUGGAUCGUAGCCACAACCCUUGCUGUAAUUUAUGAAUGCUUUCUCACCUUUACACCCCUGAAGUUGUUUAUCUUGCACGGGAGUGACGAGCAAGGCUCAAGGGAUGGGUUUUUAAAUGCCAACAGAGAGGGCGUCUUUUCUGUUAUUGGCUACCUUGCCAUUUACAUGGCAAGCGUGCAAGUGGGCUUGUAUUUGUUAAAGAAAAGAGGCUCUGUCCGGGAGUGGGUUGGAGUGAUACACUCCUUCUUGUGGGCAAUCCUCGUUCUCUUUUUAUUUCUCCAUGCAGCGCAAACGUACGUAGAAACCGUAUCCCGACGGAUGGCAAAUCUCUCGUUUUGUGUCUGGGUUGUCGCUCAUGGCCUGUCACUCUUUAGCUUAUUUUUAGUGGCUGAUCUUGUUUUGGUGUUUGCAAAGCUUCUGGUAGAUGGGGCUACUGUUCCUUGCAGUUGGAACUUUGCCCAGCCGUCUGUAACGAGUAAAAAACAUGAUCUGGAACCCCGGGACAGACAAAUGCUACCCGAGAGCGUGUGCAUGGUCAGCGCAGUUAACAAAAACCAGCUGCUUUAUUUCUUGCUAGCAAAUGUCUUGACUGGCCUUGUGAACAUGAUGGUCGAUACGAUUAAUAGUAACGCAGUCUUUGCCAUGUUUGUUCUUCACGUAUACAUGCUUACAAAUUGUCUGGUUAUGUAUAUAUUGCAAGCAAAAAAUGUAAUCUUGAAGUGGUGGUAA